AAAGUAUGGCGCCGGAGAGCUUGUCAACAAUAACGGAGCAAUGGAUAAGGAAUAGGUUACAGUUAAAACAUCCCUGUCUUGGUGAUGUCCGCUCACUGAGCCUCCCGGGGAUGUAUGAGGACGGUAAGAUCAGACAUCUUGGAAGCGCACUGAUUAACUUUGUCCAUCUGAAGUCUCUGGAUCUUUCCAACAAUGCUCUCGUCUCCGUUCAGGGAGUUCAAUAUUUGAAAGUGCUGGAAAGGCUGAUCCUGUACCGUAACUGCAUACCUUCCCUCGAAGAGGUGGAAGUGCUGUACGAGCUGCCAGCUUUGAGAGAGCUGGACCUCAGGCUCAACCCUCUGACCAAAAGUCACCCACACUACCGCCCUCAUCUGGUGCAUGCCAUGCCCAGCCUGCGCAAACUAGACGGCUGUUCAGUCAGAUGCUCCGAGCGCAAAGCCACUAUACUGCAGUUCUCCUCUGACCUAAUACCUCAGCAGAAGAGCUCAGCUUUAAACCAGGCUGCUUACCAAAGAAGCAGAAGUCAGAGACUGGCUUUAGCUGACGGCUUGACCAAGCAGCUCUCUCUCCUGACCGACAGCGAUGAUAUUGUGUUGAAUUCUGUUGCGAUGAAUCAUGGAGGCCAAAGUGAUACUUGGCCCCUCGCUGACUCACUUCACAAGGAGGCAGAAGAAUCCACAGAUUUUACAGAACAAAGGGCUUCUCCUCCAAAACAGGAAACUGCUAAAUCCAUCCUCAGGCACCCCCCCACAAAAUAUGGCGGCGACAGAAGCCCCUGUGUAGGGAAACGCAGAGCUGUGCCUGGAAAACAAAAGCAAAAGGACCUCCCCAAACACACCAGACACGUGGCCAAGGUGCAUUUUACUCCUAAUCCUGAUCAAAGUCGCUGUCAGAGCUCUUCAUUCAUUAACGUCCAGCCUCCCAGUCCGCGUCGUCCUGGUUUGAAUCUGUCUGACCGCUCCAACCCCAUAUUACAUCCACCAAGACUGACUUAUUCUAGCUUCAACAAGACGGAAGGAGGCUCCAGCCUGCCGCAGCAAGCAGAACAGGGAAAAAGGGGUAGUUACAGGAAACCACUGGACAUGUUCCUCAACCUCGUGGACAAACACUUCACAGGAGAGAGGCAUCACAGCAACUUCCUGUCUCAGGCAGUCCAGAUCCUCUGUAUGAUGGAAAAGGAUAUUUCCAGUUGGGAGGCUGAGGUCAGGACCUUAAGACGGGAAACUGAUGCACUGACUUUUCAAGUGGCUGCACGAGAGGAGGAGCACAGAACUGAAGUCCGUAACCUCUCUGCUCAGCUGGAGGAAGCUCGCAGUGCAGUCGGCAAACUAAAUGAGCAGCUGAGGAUUGUCUUGAAGGAAAAUGCGGCUCUGCAGAAACAGCUCAUCAAGUUAGAACGACAGUAUCUCAAGUCUAUGAUGAAACGUUCACCUAUUACUCAGAUUAAAGAGGCUCAGACAGAAGUGGAGGAGCUGAGGAAAGAGGUCGAGGAGCUGAGGGAGAAAGUGCAGGAGGCUGAGAAUGUCAAGGAAUUGUCAAAUAUGCUGCAAGAAAGCCACAGGUCCCUGGUGGCUACCGUCUAGUGUUUGCUAGCCGAGCUGAAGGGAAGUGGGAAACUUUGAAGGAGAAUUUGGAUAAAGAGGAAGCACAAUGGGAUGGAAAUCUUAAAGCCUGACUGUGCAGAGCGUCACAUUAGCAUUGCUUCCGCUGCACGAGGCCCAGCAUCUGCAGACUGUUUUUAAUCCAUUGCUACUUUUCGUCACUGCAGUGUACAUUUAUUUGUCAGUGUGUAUUAAGUCCUCAGCCCCUGUGUGUUUAUAGUAUAGUGUUUAUUAUUUCAAAAAAUAUGUAUAGGCUUUGUUUGUUUGACGUAAACAGAAAUGGGGAAAGGCAAUCAGUUCAGGAAAGUUUGUGUAUAACUGUGUGACAGGACUGUUAUGUUAAACGAUUAUGAAGGGGGAAAUGUUAGAGAGAAGGUCAUAGUGUAUUUCCUGGAUCAGUAGCAGGAUUGUGUCUCUCUGAGCUGUUUUCCUCCAUUUUUUUUUUUUUUUUAGGUCAGUCAUGUCUCCAUCUGCUUUCUACACUGCAGUGGAAUGAAUGUAUCUAGAUUCCGGCAGCUGCACUGUGACUUUAUUUAUACCUCUGCCUUAGGGCUGGAGAGCUACACACACACACACACACAGAUACUUGCACUUUCCUCACACAAACACUAAUGCAAGACCUGGCAAACCAGGUUAGGAUGUGAUGCUCCUACAUAAACUGAAUGUAGCUUUUGCUUUUAUGUGAAUGUUACAGGUCACUGGUGGGUGCUACUGGUGGAGAGUUUCACAGUGUUCCUGAAAAAGCCAUAAGAAAAAAAAAAAGUGUUUUGACUGACACCCUGUAACCUACUCAGCAGAGGGCUUCAGACGUGUGUUUUCUUUUUUAUUUUCAAUUAUGCACUACAAAUCAUGAACACACAUUAAGAGGCCUAAAGAACAAGAACAAAAACACACUGCAUGCACCGGGGCACAAUAGUACAUUAAGUUAUUUUAAAAGAAAAGAAGACAAUGUGGUUCUCCACAUUAAAGGUGCACAGUAUUUGGCAUUAAGCACAGAAAACAGAUCAUAUUCAAGCUACUGGAGCAGACAAAGACUAACACACUGAUAGCUGCUAGUUUUGCACUUGAUGCAUGAUUCUUUAUCAGCUGAGACUACAGGAAAUAUGAAAGACUGUCACCAUGUUGGAAAAAUAUAAAAGUAUAUUACUUGUUUGCAAGUAAUUUUUUCCCUUUAUCUCAUACAUACAGUAUGGGAGGAUACAACAGUAAAACCCUGCUUUUGUUUUCAGUGGAGUUUGUGCCUUGGAUGACAGUACCACCCAUAAAAGGUACUUUUUUUCUUUACCGACAGACAAAUUAUAAUAGCAUCAGAGUGCAGCUGACAUGUACAGGUUGAUAUAUAUUGAUUUCAAGCAAUACAAGAUUUUAUCAUGAGCCCACAAUUCAUCACUUUGUUUUUUGUUUGUUUGUUUUUUUUGCAAGAAAAUAUUUAAAUCUGUCCAGUAGUCUGUCCUCACAGCAGGCACGGCAGUUCAGAUAAGACAUGACAAACUCCUACUGUCAUCUAUAUGCUUCUGAAUCAAAUGCAAUAUACAUUAACAUGCACAAAGUACAGCAAUACAGAAAAAAACAACAUAUGGAGCCAGUGUCAUAAAUUAAGCCAUGUGGCCACAAGUUUUUAGAAUAUACACAAUCUUACCACAAAUAUAUUAGAACUACUGUAUAGAAAUCUGAUGAGGAAAUAUUAUAAGUCAAAUGUUAAAAAUACAAUCUUGUACAACUCAGCUCAUCUGCUGUGGUUAGAACUUCCUUAUUCGACUGAACUCACCAAUUUAAAGUUCAAAAAGCAUGUUAGCAAAACAGUUUUUGACGGUGGAUACAAUAAGGUCUGAAUAAUGACAAAGGAAGAGAAAAAUAGGCUUGCAUGGAAGGAAUUUUGAUUUUCAUGUUUUACAUAUUCACAGACUCAAAAAGAUAUGGCAGCGUUGUUCAGUCGAGCAGUGAACUAAAUUGUAUUUUUGCCCAGAAAAGUUAACGAAACCCUUAAUAUUAUUUUUCUUGGCUUGAGCUGAAGGCAAAUGACUCAAAUGACAGUGUGAGCUCAUAAAAUAAACAAAACAACGAACAGCAGAUUUCUUUUCAAGAUUUAACAAGAUGGGGGGGGCAGACAACACUGAAGAUGGAAUUAAGAAUUGAAGUUUUCAAAAGAAACAAACUGAUAACAUCAAUGUCAAAAAUGUAUGCCAAUCGUCACUGAAACUGCAAAACAAAUUAAAAAUGCAUCUCUGCAGCAGAAUAUGGGAAUAGAAAAAGUUCCAUUAAAAAGUGCAUUGUUGUUAAU